UCAAAACAAAGGCCACUGGAAGUCGAGAAGCCCUACCUCAACUCUAACCCAUCGUCGAUACGCACCCCGUGGGGAUGUCGGAUGAUGGAUCCCUUAAGCGUGAUAGCCAGCGUUGCCGGAAUCGCGACAGCCACCUUUCAAAUUAUUGGUUUUCUAAGCACGAUUAAAGGAGGGGGAAAAGAGCGUCUCUCGCUACUCAAUGAAUUGACCCAUCUCUGGCUCGCUGUUAUCGCUGUCCAGGCCCGGUUUGCCCCGGAUGGUGACAGUCCUGACAAGAAGCCUUUUCUUGCGCAACUGCGCCCGUUCGAAUUCGACGGGAUAAUUAGCGAUAUCGAAACUGUAGUCGAGCACUUGGAAAGCAAACUAAAAUCGCGAUCAUCGUAUGGGAAAGUACGCCGGACCCUAGUGUGGCCGCUGGAUAAGCAAGAAGUCACCCAGGCCAUUGAGCGGAUUCAUCGGCUGCAGCAGACAUUGCAACUUGCUCUGUCCCAAUCCACCCAGGCCUUGGCUCAGGAGAUCUAUCAUGACGGGCAGUUUACGAGAAGUGUCAUCAGUGAGGCACAAAGGAAGGACAUAAUCGAAUGGCUAUCUCCUUUAAACUUCAUGGCAAAGCAGCGUAUGAUAUUUGCGGAACAUCACAAGGGGACCUGUAGGUGGUUUCUCGAACGCAAAGACUACUUAGCAUGGAAAGCCGAGGACAAUGCUAUGUUGUUUUGUGCCGGAAUACCCGGCGCCGGAAAGACGGUCUUAUCGUCAAUUGUGGCCCAUGAACUGGACGGCGAAUGUGAUGUUGGCAAAGCGGCAACCCUAAUGCUCUACUGUAAAUGGGACGACGCACUGUCACAAUCCAUCGACACACUCAUGGGAAGCCUGGUCAAGCAAGUCAUACAGAAAUAUGGCAUCGGUCCUCAAGAAUCGAUCGAGAUAUACUCCAAACACAGCGGUGCAGGAACGAAGCCGGACCGAGAAGAAAUCCUUUUGGUGCUCACAGCUGAGCUAAGUCGGUUCUCAAAGACGUUCAUCAUCGUAGAUGGCCUGGACGAACUCCGCCAGGAGAAGACUCGAAUCGAGUUGCUCGGGAUCCUGACUUCGAUAAAUGCUACGGUCAACGUGAUGAUAACAUCGCGGGGCCUAGACAACAUUGUCCGGCACUUUCACCGCAAUAUCAUCCAUCGCUAUUGCAGUCAAUGUCUAGCUCCGUGCCCUCGACACCACUUUCACUGCCCAGAUUGCAGGUCCUUAAGCUCAGACCCAGUCGACUUCAACCUCUGCCAUCACAGAGGCCAUGUUCUUCGUAAGCAGUUCAGCAAUCUGAAGACCUAUGUGCAUUGGCGCGUUGCAUCGUCAGAAUUUCUUUGUCACAUCGUUGAUACGGUAGUCAUGUCAAAUGAUGGAAUGUUUCUUCUAGCCAAAUUCAACAUGGAUACUCUCACCUCCAAGCUGCGCCCGGCGGAGGUCAUGAAAGCAUUGGAUAGUUUGCCAAAAGAACUUGAUGGAACUUACACAGACGCCAUGCUGAGAAUCGCGGAUCUUCCGUCUAGUCACAGAGAGGUAGUGAUGGAAUUACUUCGGCGAGAAAUCGAGCAUGCUAUUGCCGUGGCAGAUGGAGACCGCGAUAUCGACUGCGACAAUAUCAUUCUUGUGUUCGAUGAGACCGAGAACUUCUUCAGCCCAACAAAGUUGGCUUCUACAUGCUUGACUUAUCUGUUAUUCGAUGUGUUUCAGUCCGGCGCCUGCUCGGGCUCAUCCGAAUCCGCUGAAUUUGAUGGGCGCAUUGAAAAGUACCCGUUCCUCAAUUAUGCUGCGAAAUUUUGGGGCAAACACCUUCUCCAAGCACCGCAUGGGAACCUCUAUGACCGAGCUUGGCAGAUUCUACAAGACCCCAAUUACCUAGCAGCAUCGACACAGGCCUUAUGGUACCUGGACGACGAGGACUCGGCCAGUUGGGCCGGAAAGAACGGAAGCUCAGCACUCCAUCUGGCUACGCAUUUUGGCCUCAACAAAUUGGUUACGGAAAUUCUUGCUAAGGAUGUCGAUCCAAACAUCAAAGACAUGAAUGGGACUGCGCCGCUCGCACUUGCGGCAAAGAAAGGCAGCGUCAAUGCAGCUGCAACGCUCAUCAGGGCGGGUGCUUCUAUAAAUGCCGCCGCACGGCAUGACCAAGAGGAGAUGGUCAAGCUUUUGGUCGAACAAGAUGGAAUAAAUCGAACCCCCUUAAUGAUUGCUUCCACGUACGGAUAUACUGGAAUCAUCAGGCUGUUGCUACUUGCUCCCCAGCUUGAAAUCAACCAAGAAUCUCUCUCAUCGGAAAUAGACGCAGUCCAACUUCUGCUCAACCACAGCGGCACCACCGCCCUUAUUUACGCUGCACAGCGCGGGGAUCGAAAGAUUGCCGAGGCACUGCUUGAUAAAGGGGCAGACAUGGAGGUUUCCCAGAAAGAAUCGGGAGGAACGGCGCUACAUCAGAUGUUGCUCGGAAGAGGGGCAAACGUUCAUCAUCAGGACAAUUUCGGCCGCUCACCGUUGCACAGCGCUGCUUGUAACGGGCGUACUGAGCUCGUUCGUAUUCUCCUUGAAUUCGACAAGUCUCUGGAUGUCAAUUUGCAGGAUAACAACGGCAAGACGACCCUCCAUGACGUUGCUCUUUACCAUGGAGCUGAUCCCACAAUCAGAGACAAUUACGGCCGAACACCCAUGCGGAUCGCACGGGAGAUGAAUGAGGCCGCCAUUAUGGAGCUCCUGCGUGCCACUCAAGAAGGAAGUGAAAAUAAGCAGUCUGAAAGCUUUAGCCCAUUGCCUCUUCGGCGCACCAACACGGAGCUCUGUAUUGACAAGCCCCUCUCCCUCUGGGCGUUGGCUAAAGCAGAUCUCAUUGAAGAACUUCGAACACAUCUGUCAAAUGGCCCCUCCGAUGAAAUCAAUCUCACAGACCCUGACUUAGGCCAGACAGCCCUCCAUUAUGCCACGGCGAAUAACAAUGCCGAGAUGGUGGAGCUGCUGGUAACUCAUGGUGCAGAUUUGAAUAUUGGCAAUGCUUGGGAACGAAAACCGUUGCAUCUGGCUGCCCUUCAUGAUUCCACCGGCCCAGCCGAGAUUCUUCUCAAAGCCGGAGCACAAGUCGACGCAAAGGAUCAAUGGGGCCACACACCUUUAACUAUUGCCAGUACCAAACUCCUGCCAAUAGCUACACUCCUCAUCUCAAACGGAGCAGACCUAUCGGACGGCCGACUCAACUUGAAUAAGCUGCUAGGGCUCGCAGUUGAGAAUGGGAACCAGACUGCAGUUCGGCGGUUGGUGACAGCCGGGGCUGAGUUGUGGAGGAAAAGCUCACUGGGAUAUACACCAUUCAUGGUGGCCAAGAUGCACAAUCACACAGAGAUUGCGAAUCUGAUCCUUGAGCUAGGGCAAUUUUCAGGUUCUACUACAUCUGCUGUGUUACCUAUCACAGACAGUGACUACGAUGAGAACCAAUUUGGGGCUAGCUCUCUCGAUGGCCUCAAGAGUAUAAAAACUUCCCACAACGAAUCCACCCGUUCUUUGAGCCAGAACAGCCAGAAAGAGUCCGAGGGCAUCGAUGUAGGCCAAAAGCAGACAGUCGAGCCAAACUCGACGAAGACAUCGAAAGAACUCGGCACAUCUGGUGCUAUGCUGAGAAAAGGUCAUUCCGGAAUUCUGUUCUGGAGACAAAGAUAUUGUAUUUUGCUCCAUCGAGGUAGCGUGAGCCCACUCUCCAAAUAAAAAUAAAA